GUUCUUUCAGAGGGACAAGGGUCUGCGCAGCUGGGGGCGUGCUGCAACUGUCAAUUAACCCUUCCCUGAUGAUAAAAGCCAAAGAUGCCCCGAUCUUGCCGGAAUAACUACAUUUUUUGCACUUUCUGACCAAUUUUCUUUUCUUUCUCAGAAAUCGUUUACCGACAACAAGUAAACAGUGCAAUAUGACAUUCAAGUCUCGCGGCGUCGUGGACAAGGUCUGGCUAGGGUGGUUUAUCUUGCAGAUAAUCGUCACACCCCUGAUCGACGGGCUGCCCUUUUAUCCAAAAUGGCUCUACGCGACCCCCGACAGCCCGCUGUACUUCCUCCAGCGCAUCCACGAGUUAUACGUCACCACGUAUAGGGACCUGAUCGUCACCGAGUGGCACAGCCCCGUGCCCGUGCGGCCCUGGGUGCGGCUCUGCACCUACAUCGAGAUGGCCUUUCAGCUCCCGACGUCCUUGUACGCGGUGCUGCGGUUGAGAAAGGGCCGCGGGACCUCGGGAGGCGACGAGCUGCUCUUGCUGGUCUACGCUUUCAACGUCUUCUUCUCCACCCUGCUCUGCGCCCAUGACGUUUACCACUGGGAUGAGAAGCUGUACACCAUGGCUGAGAAGCACUUUAUCGUCGGGGGGAUCUACGGCUCUUGGAUGCUUAUUCCGUUUGCUAUGUUUGUCGACAUGUACCUGCGUCUUUACGGCCGCGUGAGUACAUCUGAUAUUGCAAAAAAGACAAAGUAAAUUUGUUGCAGAUUUUUGUCGCUUCAAAGGCAUGGACCAAUAGAAGAGCUCGGUUUCGCAAGAGCUCGUUUAUUAUUCAGUCAGUCAAACAGACCGAAAUGGGAUCGGUUCUCUUUAGAUUUUGCCCUUCCCGAUUCAGCAAGCAGAUCGUCUAAUCACAGAAAAUUGGUACUCAUGCAUGUAGGCUAGUACACCUGAUAGUAUAAUGGCUCUGACAUGACAAUUUUAACACACAUCCCAUUGCAGUUUUACCACCCGCUUAGUCUAUCGCCCUCUUGAUUGGAGCCAUACCCCAACCGUUG